UCCAGGUUUGGUUGCUACGGGCGACGGACAACAGACCUUGGUUACAGCAACCUGCGGAGAGGACAGGCUUGGAGCCGUUAUCAUUUCUGUUAAAAGAAAAAGCACGUAUCAGCUGGACCUUUUGUUUUCUUGCUGUCUGUAGCUUCCAACAAGCAGCGCAGAAAAAUGAUGAGCAUUAUUGAGGAGGCCCUACAGGCUGUAGGUUGGGAUAAACGCUUUGCCAUCCCGGAGCUCAACGAUGAAAACCGCGCCCUCCUACAGGAGCUGCAGAAAAAGGAGAUGGAGCUGGCGGAAGUCAACAAAACCACUGAGGAAAACAAGGAAAGAAAGAAAGUUAUGUAUGAAGGGCUAAGAAAUGCUAAACAAGAGCUGGAAAAUGCUGAGGCUCUGCUGAAGGCGAGGGAAAGAGAGAUAGAGCUGCAGGAACACCUGACUGCCCUCGCAGAGAGAAAAUCGAGUCGCCUGGCUCAGCAGACUGCCAAGACUGAAAAUGAGCUCAGAUCAUUACAAGAGAAGAAGGACAUGAUAGAGAACAAGCUUAUCAAGGCGAAACAGAAGCUUGACAAGUUUAAAGGUCAGAUGAACUGGGACCAGCAGACCUUGGACGCCUUCUUGGAGGAGUCUACACAGAGGGAGGAGGACACGAUGGCCAUCACCAAGUAUGCUGAACAAGAUGAGCAGAGGAUCAAGUCACUUACUGCAGCUGUAGAAAAGAAGUCGCUGGAGGCCAAUGAAAAGCGCAAAGCACUUGAAAAAGAGGUGUCGGAGACUAAAUCUGCACAGAUAGCUUUGGAUAAAACCACAGAGAACCUGCAGCGGGCUCACCUGGAGACGCAGCAGCUCAUCCAUCAGUUUGAAAACAGCAUGAAGCAGAUGAAGCAACAAGAUGCUCAGAUGCAGCAGUGUGCACUGCAACUUGCCGAGGGCAACCAGAAGAUCAGAGAGAGGGAGACCACCCUUAAAGAGAAGACGUCCUUCCUGGAUUUACUCAGGAACAACAACAAGGAAACUGAGAGAAAAAUAUACAAAACAAACAACAAAGCAGCAAAGCUGCGUCAAGAUCUGAAGGAGGAGGAGAAUAACUGCAUCAGGCUGCGGACUGAGCUGAAGGACUCCAAAUGCGUACUGGACAGAAAAACCUCCGAAGUGGGGUCUUUGACCAGCCAGAUAGUCAGAAUGAAGACAGACCUUCAGAAUGAAAAUGAUAAAUUGAAGGAAGCUGCGACUUACAAUGCUGCUCUGGAGGAGAAGCUGAAAGUUGUGACUCAGACUGCCCUCAGCGAGGAGGAGACAGCUGCUCAGAUGGAACGGAUGGCCAAGGACGAGGAACAGGCCAUUAAAGACUUGGAAGUUCAACUGCGAGACUUGAAGCGGGAACUGUGUUUCGAGAAAGACCAGCUGGUGCUUGCCAGGUCCAAGGAGAGGGAUUUGAUCGCACAAGCUUCAAAGACAAGAUCCACCAUCAGCCACCUAGAAAACCAGCACAGAGAACUGGAGAAAGAGCUGAUUAGCCAGCAGAGGAUCGUGAAUAAGCAGAACACGGAGAUAGCCAAGAUGAAGAAAAAACUGGCUCGGCUGGAGGGGGAUAUUCACUCGGAUGAAAAACAAAGGCUGGAGAUAAAGAUUGCUGAGCUGACCAAAGACCUAGAGGAGAAGAAAAAAGAUGCCAAAGUGCUUACCAACUCGCUCAAGGAGUGCGAGGAUAACACACGCUUUUUAAGAAAGGAGAAGAAAAGAUCAGAGAAUCAGAACAGAGACAUGUUGAAUAAAGUCGAGGAGCUCAUUGUUUUCUGUAACGACAAAGAAAAGGAGCUGAAAAAAAUCAAACAGAGGAAACAGGACAGGGUGGUGGAGCACAAAAUUCUAAUGUUAGAGGCCAAGCGUAUGCGGGAUCUGCUGUACAACGAGGCGGACAGCUUGCUGUCUCUGGAGAAGAGGAAGCUGGACCAGCAGGAAACCAUGAAAGAGAAAGAGAUUGAGAUCGAGGCAUACAAAAAUAUGCUCAGCCAGCAGUUCAAGAUGAGUGAGCAAGAGAGGCAGAGAGUCAAUGUUGAACUUGGUAAGAAACUCGUCAAGGUGGACACAUUGAAGGCACGUUACAAGGUUAUGGCGCUUUCAAUGGCGCCUCCUGAGGGGGAAGAAGGGAAGGCACAAGCCAACUACAUCAUAAAGGCUGUACAAGAGAAAGAGGAGCUUAAGCAGAAGAGAGAUGAUUUGGAGGCAAAAAUCCACAAGAUGGAGCUGGAAACAAGAGCUCUGGGGAACACCAUCCAGCUGUUUGACAACCACAGUUCUGCAUUUCGCAAAUCUCUCAACAAAGCGAACACAUCCAGUCCAGAGUACCAGGAGAAACUGAAGCUGGAGGAGCAGCAGAGAGCCGUCCAGGAGACUCUGAAGUAUAAGAAAUGCCUGGUCCAAGAACUCCAACAGGACCUACAGGACAUGAACAAUACCUUUGAAAGUCUGCUGCUAGAAAAGAAGGUGGAGAAGAAUAAGAUAGCUCACAAACAAGCUCUUACUGGAAAACUGAAGAAAGAAAUUACUUCCCAGCAAGAGAAAAUUGAGAGAGCCAGAAAGCAGUGCUCGAAACUGACCCGAGAAAUCCGCUCAGCAAAGAACACCACAACCGAGACUCUGGAGGAGCGAGACAUUAAGCUGAAGGAGUCGAAAGAGUUCCGCAAACGUAUCAACAAGAUGCUGAAUGAGGCCAUGGAGCAGGAUCCUGGCCUCAGACCAGUGCUGGAGAAAUACUUCCAGCAGGCCAAUCUGUCCCUUCCAGCUCCCUGCUCCACUCCCACCAGCUCCACAGCAAGCUCUGCCCGAAACUCGUCCUCUCUCAGGUGUCCUGUGUCCUCGGCCAGCAGCAGUCAGAGCGUCUCUGAACUUUCUUCCCCCCUUCUGAAGACAGUGGACUUGGGCUUGGAGCUGCUUGCAGCCUCUCCUCCUCUCACCACCUCCAGAUCCUCUGCAGGCAGCAGCAACAGCAGCAAGAAGUCAAGGAAACUGUAAUACCCUGCUUCUCUGAUUUAUUCUUAACAUUCGUUGUGGAAAUAACAUAUUUAAACUUGUGCAAACCAAAGAUGGAAAUGGUUAAUUACAUUAUUACUUUCAGUCAUGAGAAAAGAUUCAGGUGUCCUGUAUGACUCAUUUAUUUUACCAUUCUUUAGUUUUUAUUUUUCCUGCACAGUUCUUGUUACUGUUAUUUAGUCUUCUAUUAUAUGUAAUAUGAAAUUGGUUCAAACAUAUAUGAGUAUAAAAAUAGCUGUUAAAUUGUAA